CUUGUCGGCAUUGUACGUUCCAGAGUUUGAUUGUUUGACUUUACGUAUUAAAGAAAUCUCAGUUUUCUAAAAACAAAAGUAAAUUAUUGAUAAACCGAGAAGAAUAGAACGUUGUAACCAUGAAUAUAACUUCCGCAGCGGGAAUUAUUUCCCUUCUAGAGGAGCCAAUGCCGGAGUUGAAGGUAUUUGCCCUGAAGAAACUGGAUUUGAUAGUCGAUGAGUUCUGGCCAGAAAUCUCAGAGGCGAUCCAGAAAAUUGAGAUCCUUCAUGAAGACAAGAACUUCAACAUGCACGAGUUGGCAGCCCUGGUGGCCAGCAAGGUUUACUACCAUCUUGGAUCAUUCAGUGAUUCGCUACAGUAUGCACUUGGAGCUGGCAACCUGUUUGAUGUAAAUGCCCGAUCUGAAUAUGUGGAUACCAUAAUAGCCAAGUGCAUCGACCAUUACACCGAACUACGCAGCAACAACAUGGACGCCCCCACCGAGGUGAAGGAGAUCGACCCUCGGCUGGAGUCCAUCGUCAACCGCAUGUUCCAACGCUGUCUAGACGACGGGCAGUACAGACAGGCUCUUGGGCUUGCGCUGGAGACUCGACGCAUGGACAUCUUUGACAAGUCCAUCUUGGAAUCUGAUGAUGUUGGCGGUAUGCUGUCAUAUGCGUUCAGUGUAGCCAUGUCAUCGCUGGAGAGCCGCGGGUUCCGCAACACAGUUCUACGCUCUCUAGUGUCGCUCUACCGCGACCUCGCUACACCGGACUAUGUUAACAUGUGUCAAUGUCUCAUCUUCUUGGACGACCCUCACUCCGUUGCGCAAGUGCUGGAAAAACUCAGCAAAGAAUCAGAGGACAGCACACUGAUGGCGUACCAGAUAGCGUUUGACAUGUACGAGUCCGCCACACAACAGUUCCUUGGUCAGGUGCUGCAGGCGCUCAAAGUGUCUGCACCGAUCCCACAAGCCGCUCAUGUCAUUGUCAAGGUUCCAGUUGAAAACCCAUCUUCAACACCCACACCCGUAGCUGUGACCGAUGAAGCAACACCCGAAGAACCCGUCAGAGAUAUAGAUAGUCUUACGGAGGAAGAGAAAGUGUUCCAGUCCCGUAUCCAGAACCUCAGCAAGAUCCUGAGUGGAGAGAUCUCCAUCGACCUCCAUCUGCAGUUCUUGAUCCGCAGCAACCACACGGACAUGUUGAUACUGAAGAACACCAAGGACGCAAUCAGAGUUUCCAUCUGUCACACUGCGACAGUCAUAGCUAACGCCUUCAUGCACAGUGGGACUACCAGCGACCAGUUCCUCAGAGACAAUCUAGAGUGGCUGGCCCGAGCCACCAACUGGGCCAAGCUGACAGCCACAGCCUCUCUUGGAGUGAUACACCGAGGACAUGAACAGGAGGCGUUGGCUCUCAUGCAGAGUUACCUGCCCAAGGAGGCUGGGCCUAGCAGUGGGUUCAGUGAGGGCGGGGGCCUCUACGCUCUGGGACUGAUACAUGCCAACCACGGCGCAGCCAUCACCGAGUACCUGCUCGGACAACUCAAGGACGCUCAGAAUGAGAUGGUGCGCCAUGGAGGAUGUCUAGGCCUAGGGCUGGCAGCCAUGGGAACUCACCGUCAAGACGUCUAUGAACAACUCAAGUUUAACUUGUACCAAGACGACGCCGUCACUGGUGAAGCUGCUGGUAUUGCAAUGGGAAUGGUCAUGCUCGGUUCCAAGUCUACUCAGGCCAUUGAGGAUAUGGUUGCCUACGCCCAAGAGACGCAGCAUGAGAAGAUUCUGCGAGGUCUGGCCGUCGGAAUCGCCUUGACAAUGUUCGGCAGACUUGAGGAGGCCGAUCCGCUCGUCACAUCUCUCAUGCAAGACAAGGACCCUAUCCUGCGCCGCUCGGGAAUGUACACACUCGCCAUGGCGUACUGCGGCACCGGUAGCAAUCAGGCCAUCCGGAAAUUACUUCAUGUUGCGGUGUCUGAUGUUAAUGAUGAUGUACGAAGAGCUGCUGUCACAGGUCUCGGAUUUCUUCUGUUCAGAAACCCUGAGCAAUGUCCGAGUGUCGUGUCGCUAUUGGCUGAGAGUUACAACCCCCAUGUGAGGUACGGUGCAGCUAUGGCACUUGGGAUAGCCUGCGCCGGCACUGGUCUUAAGGAAGCCAUUGCUCUACUGGAUCCGAUGACCAAUGAUCCUGUUAAUUUUGUACGUCAAGGAGCUCUGAUCGCCUCCGCCAUGAUCCUCAUCCAACACACAGAGCAGACAUGCCCCAAGGUGAAGGACUUCCGUGCUCUAUAUGCUAAAGUGAUUGUAGACAAACAUGAAGACGUGAUGGCCAAAUUUGGAGCUAUACUCGCCCAGGGAAUUAUUGACGCUGGUGGUCGCAACGUAACUCUCACCCUCCAGUCUCGCACAGGCCACACCAACAUGUUGGCUGUGGUAGGUGUGCUGGUCGCCACUCAGUACUGGUACUGGUUCCCCCUGGCUCACUGUCUGGCUCUAGCUUUCACUCCAACCUGUCUCAUCACUCUCAACUCUCAACUCAAGAUGCCCAAGCUGGAGGUUCGUAGCAACGCCCGUCCUUCUGUGUACGCAUACCCUCCACCCCUGGAGGAGAAGCGGCGCGAGGAGAGAGAGAAAGUGACCACCGCAGUACUCAGCAUCGCCGCCCGGGCCAGGCGCCGCGGCACAUCCAAGGCUUCAGCCGACAGCGUACCAGACAAGAUGGAAGUGGAUGAAGUAAAGGAAGAAGAGAAGGAAAAGGAAAAGAAGGAGAAGGAGGAAAAAGAGAAAAAAGAGGAGAAGAAACCAGAGCCGAACUUUGAGAUCCUCCACAACCCAGCACGAGUGAUGAAAGCUCAGUUGAAGGUGAUCUCCCUGGUGGAAGGAAGCCCUUACCAGCCUCUCAAAGACGUCACCAUUGGAGGCAUCGUGAUGGUCAGACACACCAAGGGAGGCAGUGAGGAGCAGCUUGUUGAGCCUGUGGCAGCCUUCGGACCGAAACCAGAUGAAGAGAAGGAGCCCGAGCCCCCAGAACCAUUUGAAUACUCUGAAGAUUAAGAAGUCACAGCAUCACUGACUACUGAUCAAUGACACACACUCCUGCUUCUUAUGUUUAGAUCCCCACAAUUAAUUUUUGUAGUUUGUCACUAAUUUAAAUUAAAUAUAUCAAUGUCAUUCCGGCUAUAACAUGUUUUGUUAUUG